CCCACGCCCUUAAAUAAGGCCCUGCCAGCUGGGCCUCAGCUCAGGACUGUGGCCAUGGCCUUCACAGACCUGCUGGAUGCCCUGGGUGGUGUGGGCCGCUUCCAGCUCAUCUACACCGCCCUGCUGCUGCUGCCCUGUGGCCUGCUGGCCUGCCACACCUUCCUGCAGAACUUCACGGCCGCCAUGCCCCCACACCACUGCCACCGCCCCACCAACCACACUGCCACCAACGACUCGGUGGCCUGGCUGCGGGCUACUGUCCCCCUCGACCAGCACGGAGUCCCUGAGCCAUGCCAGCGCUUCACAGAGCCUCAGUGGGCCCUUCUGAGCCCCAACACAUCUGUCCGUGGGGUGGCCAUGGAGCCCUGCAGGGAAGGCUGGGUCUAUGACCGGAGCAUUUUCCCCUCCACCAUCGUGAUGGAGUGGGACCUGGUGUGUGAGGCCCGCACCCUCCGCGACCUGGCUCAGUCCAUCUACAUGGCUGGGGUGCUGCUGGGGGCCGCCGUGUUCGGCAGCCUGGCAGACAGGCUGGGCCGCAAGGCCCCCCUGGUCUGGUCGUACCUGCAGCUGGCAGUUUCGGGGGCCGCCGCGGCAUAUUUCAACUCCUUCAGCGCCUACUGUGUCUUCCGGUUCCUGAUGGGCAUGACCUUCUCAGGCAUCAUCCUCAACUCCCUCUCUCUGGUCGUGGAGUGGAUGCCCACCCGGGGCCGGACCAUCGCGGGCAUCUUGCUGGGCUUCUCCUUCACCAUGGGGCAGCUGGUCCUGGCUGGUGUUGCAUACCUGAUCCGCCCCUGGCGGUGGCUGCAGCUUGCUGUCUCUGCUCCUUUCCUGAUGUUUUUCCUCUAUUCUUGGUGGCUGCCGGAGUCGUCCCGAUGGCUCCUUCUCCACGGCAAAUCCCAGCAAGCUGUGCGGAACCUGCGGCUGGUGGCCGUGAUGAACGGGAGAAAGGAGGAAGGGGAAAGGCUGACCAUGGAGGUGGUGCGCUCCUACAUCCAGAGCGAGUUUGCGAGUGUCCGCACCUCCAACUCCAUCUUGGACCUCUUCCGAAGCCCAGCCGUCCGCAAGGUCACCUGCUGUCUCAUGGUGGUCUGGUUCUCCAACUCCGUGGCCUACUACGGCCUGGCCAUGGACCUGCAGAAGUUUGGGCUCAGCGUCUACUUGGUACAGGCUCUGUUCGGGGUCAUCGACAUCCCAGCCAUGCUGGCGGCCACCGCCACCAUGAUUUAUGUGGGCCGUCGGGCCACAGUGGCCUCCUUCCUCAUCCUGGCCGGGCUCAUGGUCAUUGCCAACAUGUUUGUGCCUGAAGACCUGCAGGCCCUGCGCACGGCCCAGGCGGCACUGGGAAAGGGCUGCCUGGCCAGCUCCUUCAUCUGCGUGUACCUGUUCACGGGCGAGCUGUACCCCACAGAGAUCAGGCAGAUGGGCAUGGGCUUUGCCUCCGUCCACGCCCGCCUCGGAGGCCUGGCGGCGCCCCUGGUCACCACACUCGGGGAGCUCAGCCCCGUCCUGCCGUCAGUGGGCUUCGGCGCCACCUCAGUCCUGGCCGGGCUGGCUGUCCUCUGCUUCCUGACAGAGACACGCAACCUGCCCCUGGUGGAAACCAUCGCGGCCUUGGAGAGGAGAGUCAAAGAAGAUCUUUCCAAGGACGCAAGCCGGAAGAGUGAGGAAAUUUCUCUUCAGCAGCUGGGGGCUUCUCCCCUCAAAGAAACCAUCUAAGCUGCCCAGAGCCUAGUGCCAGCCGGGUCCUCCGUGGUCCAGAGUGCGGCCGCGGCUUCUCCCGGGGUCUGGAGUGGGUGGAGGGACAGCCGGGACUUGGCCCACAGCCCGGACCAGCACAGGACUCCUCGUCUAGGCGGGAGCGCCGCCCCAGGCCCGGGCUGGGCAGAAGGAAGCCCCGCUGUCUGCAUUCACAAAGGAGGUGGCACCUUCGAGGCCAAGCAGCGAAAGUCCUGCUUUCCUCCCCUCCAACUCUGCUCCGGAACCCCCAUUUCCUUUGCUUCUGCAGGACAGCGCUGUGUCUUUUCGGUGCAGGGUGACACCUCUGCCACAGGCUGUCCUUGGAACAGUCCCCCUUGACUUGAGGAACUUCAGGACUCAUUCUGUUCUACCCAUUUGGAAAAAAUAAAAACUG